AUGGGGAACUUGAAAAAUGUCAUAGUAAUUUCUUGUGGAUUCUCAAUGGUAUUCACAUCAAUAGGGAGCCUCCAAAGCUUACAGAGCAGUCUGAAUGCAGAGGAAGGGAUGGGUGUAACAUCAGUGAGUGUCGCAUACGCAAUGAUGAUCCUGUCCUCCUUGUUUGUAGCACCAACACUUAUCAGCUACCUGGGCUGCAAGUGGACUGUUGUUCUCUGUACCGGAGGCGGUGUCAUUUACACACUUGGUAACUUCUUUCCAGGAUGGCCAAGUUUGAUCAUAGCUUCCACAAUUAUAGGCUUAGGAGCAUCGCCACUCUGGGCAGCAGUGAGCACCUACAUUACUGCCACUGGCAACCUGCAAGCAGAAAUAGACAAGAGGGAAAGCUCAGAUGUGAUCAAUCAAUAUUUUGGCAUUUUGUUUCUUGCCCACCAGUCAUCCAAUGUCUGGGGCAACCUCCUGUCCUCUCUUAUACUCGAGCAGGGUUCAAAGCCAGUGAAUGUCUCCCUGGAGGACCCUAUGUUCUGUGGUGUCAGCAGCUGCCUCAACUCCAGUGGGUUGGAGGCCCUCAUGGAAAGGCCUGGAGAAAGGCCUUUGAACAUUCUCCUGGGCUGCUAUCUUGGGAUUGGCGUGCUGGGGAUGCUCACUAUUGCUGUAUUUGUGGAUAAUAUGAAAGAAAAAGAAGCCACUGAUUCUGAGAAGAAAUCAUUUUGUACUGUCUUUUUUGCUACAUUUAAACGGCUCAAAGACUACCGACAAGCUCUUCUCAUUCCUCUAACAAUGUUCGUUGGUCUCGAAAUUAGUUUCCUUACUGGAGACUAUACCAGUGUGUAUGCUACAUGUGCCUUAGGAAUACACUAUGUGGGCUUUGUAAUGAUCUGCUUUGGUGUCUCGGGUUCAGUAACUGCCUUGACUGUGGGAAAGAUAUCCCAAUACACAGGAAGAAAAGUACUGAUUGCAUUAGCUGCAGUGACAAACCUGUCUUGUAUAUUGGGUCUACUUGUAUGGAGACCUCAUCCAGACCAGCUGCCUGCCUUCUUCAUCUUCCCCUCUCUUUGGGGAAUGGCAGAUGCUAUAUGGCAGACACAAAUGAAUGCUCUUUAUGGAGUUCUCUUCUAUGACCAGAAAGAGGCAGCAUUCUCCAACUACCGGCUGUGGGAGUCCUUGGGCAGUGCAAUUUCCUUUGCGCUCAGUAUCUUCAUUUGUGUGGAAAUUAAGUUAUACAUACUUAUUGUUGUCCUUGUACUUGGCGUUAUACUCUAUGCCGUCAUCUGA